AGCUCUCUCUCUCUCUCUCAUUCCCUUUUAUGCAGGAGCUCCGUGCACACCAACCAUGCCUGCUCUGCUUAUUCAUUCUGAGAGGUGCUUUUGUUUGCAGAGGAGCAAUUCGGGAUCAACACAGAGAAGGGGAAGCAGUGACGCUUAAGCAGAUGCUCCCCCUUGAUUAAGGAGGGUGUGGACUCCAGAUUGGCUUCAGCCACCUGCUUCCUGAUUGUACCCUGCUUUGUGAACUGCAGGGAGAAAAAGAGAGCAAGCAAGCGAGCGAGCGCACAAAUCGUUCCCUCUCCUGGACCACUCUAGAUGCUCACAUUGAUUCCGGCGUGGCCAGAGAUUCCUGCACAUUUUGAAUGAGACAGCUGAGCUUCUGUGCGCAGGACUCCAGCAGUUGAACCAAACCGGAGACAAGCGCAGGGAGAGCAUCAACAGUCGGCGGUACAUUUGCUGCCUCACUGGCAUGGAUUAAUCUGUCUUAAGGUCAGGAGAGCCGUGUGCUUAAGGGACUGAGUUGGCACGGAGGGAAGGGGGGCAGGCAGCCCAGAGUGUGGAUUUGGCCAGCCGAGUGAAUCAGCAAUUUGAGGCAGAAGCUCCCCUCCGCUCUGUAAUCCUGAUAGGUUUUGAGAGAGACGAGAACAGCUGCUGCCUAACAUGUGCAGAUCUUCUGGUCUGUGUGCCAAACUGAAGAAGACUCUUCCUCCUCGCCACUGAGAUUGACUCUAAUUCUGUCACUGCUGGCUGGACAUUGAUGGCCAUGGGCUCCACGGGUACCGAGACGACUCCGGGAAUGGAGAGCGCUCCUUUAAAGUAUCCGAUAGGAGGCCACACGGAGAAGAUGUGGCAACGGCUCAAAGGAAUAUUAAGAUGUUUGGUGAAGCAGCUGGAGAAAGGUGACGUUAAUGUGGUUGAUUUGAAGAAGAAUAUUGAAUAUGCUGCAUCUGUCCUGGAGGCUGUAUACAUUGAUGAAACAAGGAGACUCUUGGAUACAGAGGAUGAGCUGUCGGAUAUCCAGUCAGAUGCAGUCCCCCUGGAAGUACGGGAUUGGUUGGCGUCCACCUUCACGAGGAAAAUGGGGAUGACCAAAAGGAGGCCAGAGGAAAAACCAAAGUUUCGAAGCAUCGUGCAUGCUGUACAAGCAGGGAUUUUUGUAGAAAGAAUGUAUCGAAAGACCUCUAGCAUGGUUGGCAUGGCCUUUCCAGCUGAAGUGGUGACAGCUUUUAAGGAUGUUGAUAAAUGGUCGUUUGACGUGUUUGCCCUAAAUGAUGCAAGUGGGGGACACAGCCUGAAAUUUAUGAUGUAUGAAUUAUUUACCAGAUAUGAUCUAUUGAACCGUUUCAAGAUCCCUGUUCCUAGCCUUGUUUCAUUUGGAGAAGCUUUGGAAACUGGCUACAGCAAACACCGAAACCCUUACCACAACUUAAUCCACGCAGCUGAUGUCACCCACACUGUGCAUUGCAUCAUGCUUCUUACUGGGAUCAUGCACUGGCUCACCGAACUGGAAAUAUUAGCAAUGAUCUUUGCAGCUACAAUCCAUGACUACGAGCACACCGGGACUACGAACAACUUUCACAUCCAGACCAGGUCAGAUGUUGCCAUUUUGUACAACGACCGCUCUGUUCUUGAAAACCAUCAUGUAAGUGCUGCUUAUAAGAUUAUGCAAGAAGAAGAAAUGAACAUUCUGGUGAACCUAACGAAAGAUGAGUGGAGGGAGCUGCGCACCCUCGUCAUCGAGAUGGUCUUAUCAACUGACAUGUCAGGCCAUUUCCAGCAGAUCAAAACAAUGAGGCACAGUCUGCAGCAGACCGAGGGGAUAGACAAAGCCAAAGCCAUGUCCCUGAUCCUACAUGCGGCCGACAUCAGCCACCCUUCAAAAACCUGGAAGCUGCAUUACCGGUGGACGAUGGCACUGAUGGAAGAAUUUUUUCGACAGGGAGACAAAGAGGCAGAACUGGGGCUACCGUUUUCUCCUCUCUGUGACCGCAAAUCCACCAUGGUGGCACAGUCCCAAAUAGGUUUCAUAGAUUUCAUAGUAAAGCCAACAUUUGCUGUUCUUACUGACUCCAUGGAGAAAAUAGUUUUUCCUCUUAUAGAGGAAGCGUCAAAAUCUGAAAGUCCUUCCUUCACGACAGCACUAAGUGACGCCGCUGGAGGAUCCAGUGUGGAGGUACACAGAAGGAUACAUAUUAAAAAUGCCGGAUGUGUCGGCGGGUCUUGCUCAGAAAUCUCUUUGACCACUGUGGACUUAAGAAGCUUUAAAGACUUGCUGUUUCAGAUCAUACAAGAGAACAAAGACAGGUGGAAAGAGUUAGCAGAAAAAGAAGAACAAGUGCCAAAAGCUGGUGGGGAGAGAAAGGAACAGAAAGGCCAAAGCCGACAUGCCACAGACCCUUUGCUAGAGGAGGUGGCAACAAAGACACCAAAUGAGAAGAGCAAGGAAAGUGGUGGUGAAAGGCCAUCUGUGGACUUGUCCCAUACCUCUGUCGUCCUUCAAGUGCACUCUCUCAAUUCCCUGCCCAAACCAUCUGACUCUGAGAUCUCACCAAAGGAUUCUUUAAAUGGAAAAGAGACUGCAGAUGUACAGCAAGACACAAAACUUCGUGCUCCACUAAAUGGUGAGCCUAACCUCAAUAAGACCCCGGAAGUGACCCCUGCAGAACAGAAGCAGACGCUGCUCCGCAACUAGAUGAGCUGCAUCCUCAAAUGUUUCUGCUGUUUUGAGAAGGAUAGGAUGAACAGUGCAGCACUAAGACAUCUCCAUUCCCCACGAGGCUGUUACCUUCCGUGCCAAAUCAUCCUUGGACCAUCCUAUCUAUAGACGCAAAACUGAUGGAUACUGAAACAUUAAACACUACAAAGCCCUGAGCUGGUAACUCAAGGCACUUAAUAGCA